AUAUGCCACCAAAGAAAUCAACAACGAAGAAGAGAUCUUCAGCUAGGAAUAAAACUACAAAGAAUGAUGAGAUAAAGCAGAAUGAGCUGGAUCUAGAACAAGAGAAUAGUUCAGAUAAAGCAAUUAAACCAGUAGAUAAUACAACAGAUAAACAAUCAGAUGACACAACUGAAAAUCAACAGAAGUCUCAUCCGGAAGAGGAUCUAGAAAUGCAGGCAGAUAAACCAUCAGAGAGUGACAAUAAGACCCUUACAGAUGAUGCAAAUAACCCUGAUAAAGAUACUGCUAUGGAAACAACAGACGAGCAGAAGACGGAGAUUAAGGUCGAGCAGGAAACUAAGCAGGAAGAUAACCAGGACAGUAAGCAGGAGGUUAAACAGGAGGAAGGUAAUGCAGUCGACAAGCCAACCGAGGCUAUUAUCAAAGAGGAAAGUAAAGAGCUCAAUAAUGACACCCUUCAAGGUGACGCUCAGGAAGAUAAGAAAGAUGACAAGAGGGAUGAAAGUAAGGAAGUGAGCCAGGGAGAUGAUAAGAGAGACAAUCAAGUAGAUGCUCAGAAAGAGAACCAGGGCAACGAUGUUGAUAUGAAAUUAGAUGAACAGAAAGAUAUGCAGGUGGACAACCAAGGAGAGAAAAUCGAAAUUACCAGCAAAGAAAAACAUGAAGAUGACGUCCAAAGGAGCCAAGAAGACGCUCCGGAAUCAUCAAAAUCACCUGCCAAAUCAAAGAAGAGAGAAGCUGACACCAACAUAUCAUCAUCCUCAAAAGAGCUUAAAGAUAAUGGAGUAAGUGAAACAACAGAGGAAUCACACCCCCCUGCACCAAAAAGAAGACGUGGCUUAGGAGCAGCUGGUGCCUUAUUCGCAAAGUCAUUCCAACAGGCAACACGUGAAUCACGAGCACCAAAAUCUGAUGCUUUAAAACGUCGCGAAGAGAUUGAGCAGCGUACGCAAACUAGAAUCCAAGAAACCAAUAACAAAUUCAAGCAAGUUGAUCAGCAUGAGUCCAAAUUGAAGAAACUUAAACAAGACUUGGAGAAUAAGGAAGAUCAACUACAUAUAAAUGAAGAUACACUAGAAGUUGAAAUAAAGAGCUUGCAACGGAGUGCAGAAUUCCUACUUGCUCCGUACUUCAAGAACAAAACUAUAGAAGCAAGUGUGGAUCUCAGCAAGAAUGAUACCAAGGGUAUACCACUAUUGUUAUACAGACCGACACGCCUUAUCAAAUCACAAAUUGAAGAAAUUGAUCAACAGAAGGAAGAGACUAAAGAGCGUAUUGAGAAGAUAAGAAAGGAGUUUGACAUCUACAAAGAGAAAGAACUUAACGAUAUAUUUGAGCUCAAUAAGGCGAUACAGGAGGAGGCAACUGCGCUUAAGAAGUUCGAAAACGAGAAUAACGCCGAAGAGGAUAAAAAAGAAGACAAAAAAGACGAUGCCUGGGAACAAGCAGAGCAAUCAGAACCAAUGCAGACUGUUUAA